UCGCGCCGCCGGCGCUCCCCUGACGUCACCGCGGGGGCGGCUGAAGGUGACGGUGGUCGGUCCCGGUGCCGGUGCCCCCCGCCAUGGCCGGCAGACAGCUGCUGGCGCUGCGGCGCCUGCCCGCCGCCUCCUUCUCGACGGCGCCCAAGAAAACGCAGUUCGGGUCGCUGCGGGAUGAGGACCGGAUCUUCACCAACCUCUACGGGCGGCACGACUGGCGGCUGCAGGGCGCGCUGCGCCGCGGCGACUGGUACAAGACGAAGGAGAUCCUGCUCAAGGGCGUGGACUGGAUCCUCGGAGAGAUCAAGACCUCGGGGCUGCGGGGCCGCGGCGGUGCCGGGUUCCCCACCGGGCUCAAGUGGAGCUUCAUGAACAAACCCCCGGACGGGAGACCCAAGUACCUGGUGGUGAAUGCGGACGAGGGCGAGCCGGGCACCUGCAAGGACCGGGAGAUCAUGCGGCACGACCCGCACAAGCUGCUGGAGGGCUGCCUGGUGGCGGGGCGGGCCAUGGGCGCCCGCGCCGCCUACAUCUACAUCCGCGGGGAGUUCUACAACGAGGCCUCCAACCUGCAGGUGGCCAUCCGUGAGGCCUACGAGGCCGGGCUGCUGGGCGGCGACGCCUGCGGGUCGGGGUACGCCUUUGACGUGUUCGUGGUGCGCGGCGCCGGCGCCUACAUCUGCGGGGAGGAGACGGCGCUCAUCGAGUCCAUCGAGGGCAAGCAGGGGAAGCCCCGCCUCAAGCCCCCCUUCCCUGCUGACGUGGGUGUGUUCGGCUGCCCCACCACGGUGGCCAACGUGGAGACGGUGUCGGUGGCCCCCACGAUCUGCCGGCGGGGCGGUGCCUGGUUCGCCAGCUUCGGCCGGGAGCGGAAUUCCGGCACCAAGCUCUUCAACAUCUCGGGGCACGUCAACACGCCCUGCACAGUGGAGGAGGAGAUGUCGGUGCCGCUGAAGGAGCUCAUCGAGAAACACGCCGGAGGUGUCCGCGGGGGCUGGGACAACCUGCUGGCCGUCAUCCCAGGCGGCUCCUCCACGCCGCUGCUGCCCAAGUCUGUGUGUGAGACGGUGCUGAUGGACUUCGAUUCCCUGGUGCAGGCGCAGAGCGGGCUGGGUACGGCCGCCGUCAUCGUCAUGGAUAAAUCGACCGACAUCGUCAAAGCCAUCGCGCGCCUCAUCGAGUUCUACAAGCACGAGAGCUGUGGGCAGUGCACCCCGUGCCGGGAAGGUGAGCGGGGGGCCGUGGGUGAGGGGCUGCGUGGCGGGGCGCUGCAGGGACCCAUCCCCAUCCCAAUUCCUGCAGGCGUGGACUGGAUGAACAAGGUGAUGGCGCGGUUCGUGCGGGGCGACGCGCAGGCCGCCGAGAUCGACGCGCUCUGGGAGAUCAGCAAGCAGAUCGAGGGACACACCAUCUGCGCCCUGGGCGACGGCGCGGCCUGGCCCGUGCAGGGCCUCAUCCGCCACUUCCGCCCCGAGCUGGAGGAGAGGAUGCGGCGCUACAGCGAGGCCAAAGCCCGAGCGGCGUCGGCAUAAGGAUUCACCACCACACCUCCUUUCUCCUGCUUGGAAGGGGUUCCGGGGGUGCUGGCAGCACCAAGGGGGUUCUCAAUAAAUGCUGCUGUGCUCCCAG